AGGCGGCAGCUCGUCGACGGGCAUGUACACGGUGCGCCUCGCCAAGGCGCGCGGGUGGCGUGUGCUGGCGACGUGCUCGGGGCGCAAUGUUGACUUUGUGCGGGGACAGCUGGGCGCGGACGAGGUUGUCGACUACACGGCCAGCGGCGCGGCAUCUUCGCUACCAAGGGAGAUCCUGCGCAGGCUGGAGGGGCGUGGAGACGGCGGCGGGGUGGUGAUUGUCGACUGUGUGGGCGGGACGGAGUGUCUGGACGAUCCAGACCUGGGCGGCAAGAUUAAGAGGUAUGUGACGAUCGUGGGGGACAAGACGGAUCGGUCGAGCUUUGGCGGGCCGGCUAUCUACUGGAACUAUCCUAGCAUGUUAAAGAGGUGGCUCUGGGGUCGGGUUGGGUUAGGGGUAAGUUAUGACUGUGUGAUUCUCGAGGCCCGUAAGGAUUGGCUCGAGGAGGUGGGCCAGACGUUGGGCGAGAAGGAUAUAGUCGUUGACUCGACGUUUGGCUUCGAUGAGCUGCCGCAGGCACUUGAGAAGAUGGUUGGGGGGCGUGUUAGGGGGAAGUUGGUCGGCGUUCUGGGCUGAAGUCUUUUGUUGCUGUCGUAUAAUUUAUCUUCGACAUUGCGCACCUCUCUGAAUUAGAAGGGAUAGCUAGCAUUGACUUUGCACAUUAUGUUGGUGUAGUGAUCCUCGAUAGAAUUAAUUCAUUUUAC